AUGAGGUGUGAGCAGGAGAUGAGACUCUUCCUGCGGUUGGACCCGGCUCCGACGGCGUACGAGGUGGACGUCUCGACGCUGUUCGGCUUCGCGUUCGUCACGGAGACGGCACUGGAGGAGAAAUCCUCGCUUCUCUUCGGUCUCCUUCGGCAGGCCAUCAUGAAACUACAAAACAUGAGUCAUAACAACAUCCUAGACUUCGGGCAGCUCAAAGGAAUUCACUGCGAAGCUGAGGGCAUUCGGAAGGAGUGUGUGAAGUUCAUGCUGUAUGUCCGCAUCAGCAUCUAUCGCUGGCUGGAUGUGUGCACCACCCCACACACAGUCAGCCCUCUACAGGACUCCCUCCCAUCCCGCGUGCUUGCAGAGCUGAGCUCCCUGCUACAGCACCUGGGAUCACUGGGUGACUUCCCCGCUCACCAGCCCUCCGCCAAGGUGUAUCCUCCGUCCUGGCAUUUAUUCCACCUCAACUUGGACAUGAGAUGGGCCUGCCUGGACAUUUUAUAUCGACUUCAGGAGAAAACAACAGGUUUCCAGCCAUAUAGAUUUGACUGUGAAACACCGAGCUCGUUUAUUGACGACCUGGUUCGCUCGUUAAUGACCGACCUCGUUCAAGUUGCCGUUAAUAAACACAACAAGCUAACUCCAUUCGAAGAGGUCACCCAGGACCCGUUUCCGUGUGGCUGCGUGCGAGAGAUGUGGACAAUGGUGCUCAUGUUCCUCGACCAUCGACACAAAACUUUUCUCACCCAGCCAUUCUGGGCCGAGUUCUCUCUCGCACUCGGACACGCGACACAUGGAGGAGGAGGAGGCGGAAGGGGAGGAAUGGUGGAGGGAUUGAGGGGAGCGAGGGAUCCCCUCGCCGUGGGUGUUUGGCUGCUGGCUCACGUGGCGUCACUUGGGGUGGCGAAGACGACGCGGGGAGGGGAGGAGGAGACGUUUCAGAGUAAUUGGCCGUUGAUGGAGGAAUUCCUGAGGAAGUGUUUCGAUUCACAGCACUGCCAGAGAGAGGAGCGUCUCCGCGCCACCCUGACCCACACGCUCUCCCUGUGCGACCUGUGGGAGCCGAGCGUGGCUGCAGUCGCCUUCCUGUGGGAGUUCUACAGCAAGCGGCUGAACGAUCUCUUCAACGUGCCAAGGCUCGGCCUGCAGGGAUUGGUCAACGCCGCCACCUCUCCUGCGCUCCUAUUGGCCGACGUCCGGGCGUGCUGCCCGCUAAGCCCUGCCCACCGUGCCAAUUCUAUCCAAUCGCGGAGCAGCUUUCAACUGUUCGUGGCCAUUCUUUCUGGGUACCUGAUUGGUCGAUGCGGGAGACCCGGUGUGCGAUCGUGGGCCCAGAUCAAGGGCAGAAUUUACUCCAAAUUCCACAAGCGGCGCAUGCAGGACCUCGGCGAGGCCGGCAUCCACAACUUUGUGCGCCUCUUCCUGUCCAUCGCGGUGGCCGUAGCGGAGCGGAGAGAGACGUCGCAGGCGGCGGAGGAAGGGGCGGCAGAGUCGGACUUGCAGGAAGUGACGUCACGGAUGUUGGAGCUGCUCGACCUUGUGAAUGCGGACUCGAUGGCCGUGCGUCUCGCCGUGUGGAGAGGCCUCUUCUCGCUGUGCCACCUGCGCUGUGACUCCGCCGCGGUGGCCCCUGCGCUGCUCUCCGUGCCGUCUCGCCUCUGCUCGGAGCUCGGCUCGUUGGUUGCGGCCCCGCCCCCCGUGCCCCGUGGCGGCGGCGGCGGCGGCGGCGGGCCGUGGUGGCCCCUGGUGGCCUCCUACCUCGAGUGGACGCGCGACGCGCUCGACUCCGACCAGGGGUGGCGGCCCUGGCUGGCGGGCCUGCUCGCCGCUGGCCUGGCCGACGCCCUCAGGGCCGCCGCCAGCAGCAGCAGCAGCCGCGCCAACUGGCACGAGGGCCUCAAGUUCCUGUGCGACGUCGUCGCCACGAUGAGGUGCGGAGUGUGA